AUGACCGGCCUGGCAUCAUUUUACACUUCCGUAAUGGCCAAAGCAGCAUCGCGGAGCAUCACCGCCAUGCAUGCGAUAGUCCGAGCCGGUGCUCCGACCCCCUUCACUUUUGGACGUUUGGCGAAGGAAUCCCCUUCACUUUUGAAUGGUGAUCAGGUGACUACAUGCCGGACGGCUGAGGACGAGGACUCUUGCUGCAAGAACUCCAGCCCUGGCUCCAAGCCCGUUAGAACCGCUGGUCAAGUCGACUCCAGCCCCGGCUUGAAGCCUGGUCGAAUUCCUGACCAAGUCGAUUUUUGGUACAAGGACUCUAGGUCGGCCUACAAGCCCGGUCGAACCACAGUUAGUGUGCCCGGUCGAUGUGCUGUUACUGCGAUCACGACUUCGGUCACGUUCUGCACUGAACAGGUACUCCAAAACAAAAUGGAUGCCGAAACUCUGCGUACCACAGUGGAAGUCCAAACCAAGACACAGCAGCAAAUGUUCACCAAGGCGAUGAAGCGUAUGGAAAGGAUGGCCUCAGCUUCACACCCAGCCGUUCCAACAGCACUCGUCGCCACGGCCCAAUUUGUCACGAAUUCUCUAUCGACACGCUUGCCUGAGUUCGUGUACGAUCCGGACAGUGGUUGUUCAUUCCGGGUCUGGUACAAUCGCCACGAGGACGUCAUCUCAAAGCACGGUGCUAACUUGGACGAUUCAGCGAAAGCUCGAUUAAUCGUCUCCAAACUCGGCCCCGUCACAUACGUCACAUAA